AUGCUGCCUAGUCCUGCCCUUGGAGAGAGGCUAGGCGAAGAUGUGAUAACUCUCUAUGUCGGCACCAAGCGGAAUAAAUUCAUCAUCCACAAGCAGCUUAUUUGUGAAUCUUGCCACUUCUUUGAAGUAGCUUUCACAAGCAGUUUCAAAGAAAACCUAGAAGGCGUGAUGUGUCUCCCGGAAAAACGUCCCGAAAUUAUAUCUUUAUUCGUCAGUUGGCUAUACCCAGACAGAAUUCCAUAUCAUGAAACCGAGGAGCAUCUACUAAAUAUGUACAACCUGCACUUCUUCGCCGAGGAGAUCGGUGAGGAGCGGUUGAUGGAUGCAAGCAUGGAUGCAAUCCAGGAUGAAUAUCAAAAUCUUGACAUUCCCAUAAGUUAUGAAAUGCUGGCAAAGGUUUAUGAUAACACAACCAAGUCGAGGCUAAGGCUUUUCGCUAUUGACAAGUUUGUGCAUUUCCAGGAGCUAGGGAACCUUCCUGUGGGAAGAGUUGACUCUCGGAAGGAUCUCGCAGAGUUAUGGGAAAUAACUAAAGGGAACUUUGACUUAUUCUACGAUAUUUUUACCGCUGAUCCUCGCUUCCGGGAUGAAUGGUUCGAAGUAGACAUGUGCAAGUAUCAUCAGCAUGGUGGGGGUGGGUGCUACAGCAAUGCAAGGAAGUGA